AUGACAACGUUAGAACCGAUCACGCUUAUUCGCAAUAACAAGUUUAUUGAAGUCGAAGAGAACUUCGUAUCUCACGAAAAGGGCACGAAGAACCGUGCUUCUUUCCAAAUUGACAAUCUAAAGGGACCGGUUGAUUCCAUAUCGUUAAUAACCGCUCUCUUUCCGGAAGAAAGACACCAAUAUGAUGUGAAUGUUACUGAAUACAACGGACAGUCAGCCAAGAUCAAGAUAGAGUUCGCCGAUGAGUCACACGAGAAUCUUAUAAAUCACAUACGAAACAAGGAGAGCGUCCUGAAUUCAGUUUCGCACAACGAUGAAACGGAUUCGGAUGCGUGCGACAUCGAGUGGUUGGAUAGGAAAAUACAUGAACUGUCAUGCGUCUUCCAGAAGAGUAUCGACAUCCCACAGGACAUCUUAGAAGGUUUAUUUCACUCACUUUUUCCAAGGCGUCACACCAAAAUAGAGUUACUCGAAGCAGGAGUUAUUUUAUUUUCCGCACUGAAUACCAACGCUAGAGUAAAAAACAAAAUCAUACGGCAAAUAAUGAAGAAAGUUACUGUUCUUGUUAGCACAGGGACGCUAUCCGCAAAUAAAGUGGCAAUCGAUCUUACGUUAAAUUUGAUGUUGAACAUAUGGAAUCUUAUCGGGACUAUAAAAAGUAUUAAUACUGCCUACGAACUAUUGAAGAACAACGACUCUGCCUUUAAAGAAAUUCUAUCGGCACAUAAGAAACAUUUCACAAUCUACAUAGAUCAUCUUAACUCCUUGAUAUCAGUUAUCAUUAAUGUCUUGUCGGAAAAGAAAUACGAUCUUUUGGGAGAUCGGUUAACUCUUUUCGUAAAGGGUGUGGAAGAUUUGAUGAAACAAACAGAAUUUAUUUCGGUCAAGUGUGAUGAGCAUUUGAAAAACCUGGAAGAAUCUGCUGCGGGGAUGACGGGAAUGACCAUUUUACAUACAGGGAUUGCAUUAUUUGAGGUUUGGUAUGGCCUCACUCGAUAUAGAAGACGAACCGCUUGGCAGAGACUUGCAGACCUGGCUAUAUUUGGAGCCAACACCUAUGCUGCGCAUGCAGCAUAUAAUGCAAGCCAAAAACUCGGAGACGCAGCCAAAUAUCAAUCAGUAACGCUAAAACGUUUCCAACAAUUUCACGCUGCCUUAACAAAGAUGUCAAGUACUGGCAAGAUUGUAUUGACUUUUGACCAUGACGAGAUUGAUGAACAGAGCGAUAUUUUAGUUGAAGAAUUUCGGGAAUUCAAAACCGAGCUUUGCAAAAUGGAGAAAAUCUUCGGGGACGUCUAA